AUGGAUUCAUUUGCCAUUACAGAGGGUCUGGUCCCUCAAGAUCAACAAAAUGACCAACCACAAUCACCAGUGUCUAUCAAAUUGACCGAGGAGACCAACAAAUUCCAACGCGCCAUUGCAGCCUGGAGAGGUAUUGACUUGGCCAGUACCAUUGCGAAACUCGACGCAACUGCUACGGAUAUUGUUGGACAGCAGCGCGAUGCACUCGUGCAAAGAAAAGAGCUCGCGCAAAAGACGAAAGACUACAAGAAGCUGGAUGAUGAAUCCAAGCUUGUAGAAUACAAAGGAUUGCUAAAGGCAUAUCAGUCAUUUAUCGAUCUCUUGACCAAUCAGGGGAAGACGUCAUCAUCUUCAUUUCUGCAGCUAUACUCUACAUUAUCGGAAGCCCCAGACCCGUACCCACUCCUCGAAGCUUCAGUCGAUUCCCUUGUCUUGUCUGAAGACACCGUCCCAAAACUAAACUCGGAGCGGGAUCAAUUGCAGAAAUCUGUUGAUCGUCUCACCAAACAACAAGAGGAGACCGAAAAACGUCUGGCAGAGGAGCGUGCUGUAAGGAAGAAGCUGGAAGAAUCCCAGGAAUCUAAAGCCAAGGAAAUCGAAGCAUCAUGGGAGGCAGUCUUGGCAGAGAAGACGAACAACUGGGCGGCAAAGGAGAAGAGUUUAGAGGAGAAGGUGGAGAACCAGGAUCGAUUGAUUAAGGAGCUCAAGGCCAGCUAUGAAGUCUCCCAGCGGUUGGGUGAGGGCGAGAGCCAAGGCGACGAUAGUGAAGGCCAGCGUAGCGGCGCUAUUACGGCUGAACUUGAACUCGUUUCUGCCGAACUAGAAAAGACAAGCUUGAGAUUGGCAGAUGUGGAAGCGCGCAAUGAACAAAUGCGACUGGAGCUGGCCCAAGCCGCCUCACACUCAUCCGGCUCGGUUUCUGUGGAGGAUGACCCUGAAUAUCUUCGCCUACAAUCUGAGAACUCUUCAUUGCUGCGCAAGCUUGACGCUGCCCGAUUCGACAAAGAUUCUGAAAGACACACUUGGGAAGCCAAGCUGCUUCAGUCAGAAAGAGCGUCCUCAAAGGCCGCCGUGGAGCGGGACGAGCUGCGUAUGCGGUUGGCAAAGGUAGCUGACUAUGAUGAGAUCCGCCGCGAGCUGGAGAUGAUCAGGUCCAUUGAAUUUGCAGGGGAUGAUGAUGAGGCAGAUGAGAAUGCUACGACUGCGACUAAUGGCGAUGCACCUAAAUCCAAGGACAAAAAUUCUCUAGAGCAACUCCUCAUGGCACGAAACAAGAAGUUGACGGAGGACCUCACGCUGCUGCGGGUAUCGCAUCGCGAUAUCCAAGGCCAGCUCGAAACAUUACGAACCGAGCUUUCAACGUCGAAGGAGGAACUUGAAAAGUCUCAAGCCCUAUCAACUACACUUGAGAACGAUCUUCUUCGCGUACAAGAGGAAGCUAGCAAUGCGUUCCCAUCGUCAGCGAUGUCUGUUGCAGGAACCUACUCCUCCAGAUACCCACACUCGGCCCGGCGAGGCGCAUCUUCGCCCACCUCAUCCAUCAUCUCCGGGUUUGACCAGAGCGCCGUAUCUGCAAAUACAAUGGAGUCAAUUCGAGCUGGAGAGGCCGUAGGUGGCGGCUCUGGUCUUCUGCCUAUGAUCCAGGCCCAACGGGAUCGGUUCAAGAAGAAGAACGCAGAGCUUGAAGAAGAGCUAUCAAAACUAUAUGCCACAGUCAAAUCUCUCCGACAAGAAGUUGCAUCCCUUCAAAAGGACAACCUCAGUCUUUACGAGAAAACCCGUUAUGUUUCAACCUACAGCCGUGGCCAGGGUGCCUCCACAUCUGCAUCGUCAUAUGCCAACACCCCCAGUUCAACCUCUGUCUAUACCUCGGCGGAUACGCCAUCCGGUCUAUCUCUCGACCGAUAUCAAUCUGCCUACGAGGCUCGGAUCUCACCGUUUGCGGCCUUCCGAGGCCGUGAAUCAACACGUGCUUAUAAACGCAUGAGCCUCCCCGAGCGGAUCGUGUUCUCUCUCACUCGCGUCAUCCUUGCAAAUAGAACCAGUCGCAAUCUCUUCGCUACGUACUGCUUCGCACUCCAUAUCCUAUUGUUCGUCGUGCUCUACAUGAUGAGCACGACGGAAAUCGAAAAGCACAGUGCCAUGAGCGCUGUUGGCAGUGCAGCAGCAGCAGCAGCCUACGGGAGUGGUGCUGGUAGUGGAAGCGGGAGUGGGGGCGGCAUGGGCAAUGGUGCGAGUCAGCUGAAAGGCGAUGAUUGGCAGCAGGAAGGAUUCACCUAA